CCAGUAUUUCUCUAGACUCCACCUUACUCACCCGAUGACAGGUAAAAGAAAACAAGUUCUGCAUUUGAAAGAGAGCAAGAUCGUGGACUUGCUGAGUGACAUAAAGCAGUAAACACACAAGGACUGGUCAAUAUCACCUGUGGGAAAGUUCAGCUUCAGGAUGUCACUCUCAGUGUGUCAAGAUGACGGAACAAUAGUGAUCACCAUCAGCACAAACCCCAAAAGCAAAUGGCCAAUACUGUGCCAGAUUCUGGGCACUUUGUGUUACAGUCCUGUGUGCUCCGAAUCACAAAACAGCAAAACAAAGAUGAUGAACAACUAUACAGCACUCGGGAUUGUGCAGGUUAUAGUGGGAAUCCUCAGUCUGGGGACCGGGAAUCAGUUUUUGAGAUUUUGGCUUGGUAGUGUGUUCCUCAUGGUUGGAAUAGUGACUGUCGUUGCUGUUCGAUUUCCAAGUGAUUUUCUGCUGCUCACUGCUGCGGUGCUGAACACAGUCAGUGCUUUGCUUGCUAUGAUGGGUCUUGCAUUUUCUGCAAGUGAUAUGGCAUCUGACACUACCAAUAAUAAUUGGAUAACCCGCGCUUUGCUGGACAUCGCUAUGAUCAUCUUUCUAGUCCUUCAGUUCUGCGUGACCCUCAGUUUCUCUGUCCUGACUCUGAAAGAAAUAUGUGAAAAGAAUACUGUGAAGCAUCUGGAAUUUUACAAGCCACUCAAAGAAGAGCUCACAGUCAGCCAUUUGUGUUAGAGAAACAACAUUAAAACCACAUACACAUUGUUGAUUCAACCGACAUUGUUAUAUAUGGAGAACUACAAUUCUGCCACUGAAAAGAACUACAAAUACCAUCAGGACUGGUGCAAGCCUAACUGGUGCUCUAGGCAAUUGACGAUCAUGCCGUCCGGAACACUGAGACCGGGGGGUGGGGGCGUAGAGGGGUUAGAGCGGAGAUGGGUCGUGUAGGGUCGCAGACUAUACUGUGAAAGGGAGGGCGGUUGUUGCUAGAGGUUGAAGUGGUCAUCGCAGAUGAAAGUGAAGACUGGGGCGGGAGGCUUUGGUAGGUGUCGAAAGUGAAGAGGGGAGGGGGCUUUGAGGGGGGUGGUUGUGUUGUGGACGAUAGUAAAAAGCAGGGCUGGGUGGUUGUGUUUGAUAGGGGUUUGAUGGGGCUUUUCUGUAGCUGACAAUAGUGAAGAAUGGGGAGUGGGGUUGUGGUAGUGCCUCCAUGCCGCCCCUAGCAAAAUGCCACCCUGGGCGAUCGCCCAUAUUGCCCAUGCCUAAAUUCACCACUGGAUCCUAUCAUGCACCUCAUACACACACCAGUUUUAGUACUCUACUUGAUUGCACAUACACAGCUGGAAGCUCAUCUUAGACUGAUUUCCAGAGCUACAUAAACCUCUUACGCUGCAUCUGAAAUCGCCAACAACUCAGUAGGUACUGCAUUUCAAUUUAAAUGUACUACUCGGUCGUUAUGAAAGUACGUUCUAUACAGUAUGAAUAUAAAAACGUAUGAAUGGAAUUCAGACGUACUACAUCCGACAUUUUGUCAUGGUCACGUGACCUACCUGCAUCAGUUGCGUUGCUUCACUCCCAUUUAUGAAUUCUCUCAUGGGGUGCAUGGGAUGCACACUCCAGAAUCUCGACAGAAGUAAUCCCGAUUCUUCUCGCAUACUGAUUUUCGAAUUUUAUAAAAUUCAGACAUACUAGGCUCGCAUACUGAUUUUAGCGAAGUAUGCGAUUUCGGUCGCGCCAUUUCACACACGCUUGGCUCAAUAUUCUGUAAUGGUGCAGGUGUGGCAACAGAGGUGGAGUUUCACAAACAGCUUAAUUUUUAAGAAAAUAGUUAGCAUGCAGGGGACAAAAUAGGAACAAAACAUUAAUAGCAAAGGCAAUAAAAAAAUAAGUAAUCCAAGAGACAGGCAGGCCAAGAAAAUCACAAUCCAAAAACAAUCCAAGAAUCCAAAGCCAAACAUGAGAACACAAAGAAACAAUACUGAGCAAAGUGUGUGUGAAACUGAGAGGUUUAAACGAUAAUGAGCUUCCAGCUGUAAGUGUGUGCACUCAAUAAAAGUACUGAAACUGGUGUGUGUGUGAGGUGCGUGAUGGGAUCUGUAGCUUUUUUCAGUAGAAAAUUGUAGCUCUCCAGUGAUCUGCAACUGCUAGAUCGCCGGUGAUCAUAAAAAUCUCAGCAUUGUCCCGACUUUAUUUGAGAUUUGGUAAAUUUAGCAAAUUGUGGUCAAAUUGUGUUACUUUUUUUUAAAGCAAUGGCUAAAAAACAUUUGAAAUGUUGAUGUGUUUAUAUUGUUUGUAAAAGAGGCAUGUCUUAGUGUCUCAUAAUUGACCUUGGAAAAAGCUACUUUUGGGGAAUGAAAAUAAAUCCAAGAAUUUUGUUAGA